AUGGCAACGUUGGAUUUUACCACUAAACCACUUGCGCUUGUUAUUUACAUGAGUGUGGUACUUCUAUUGAUGGUAGGUGUUCCAUUACUUUUUUCGUCUUAA